AUGGCGUCUCGACAGCGGAUUGUGAAGGCCGAUGGCAAUCCCCCUACAGAGGUGGAGAAGGAAGUUGAUAG